UUCUCCUUUCAAAAAUCAAAUCCAUUGUCCCAAUUAUCACACGAUGGCUUUACUUAACCAUUUCGUCCACAUAUUAUCGAUAACUAUGGUCCUGGAAUGGACUUAUUAUUUGGUGUUGGCAGAACCUCUGGCAGGCUCAGGCUCAGGCUCAGGCUCAGCAGUUCUACUGAGAGUUGACCAAUCAGGAAAAGGAAACUUCACCAAGAUACAAGACGCCAUUAACGCAGUUCCAUCCAAUAAUAAGGAGCUUGUGUUUAUUUUGGCUAUGCCUGGAAUAUACAGAGAGAAGGUUGUUGUACCAGCAGACAAGCCCUAUAUAACCAUCAGUGGCACUAAGUCUUCUCUGACUAUUAUUACUUGGAAUGAUAGUGGUGAUAUAUUUGACUCUCCAACUUUCAGUGUUUUGGCUUCUGAUUUCGUUGGACGUUUUCUUACCAUAGAGAACACUUAUGGGUCAGGUGGUAAAGCAGUGGCAUUGAGAGUAUCAGGAGACAAAGCAGCUUUCUAUGGAUGUAGAAUCAUUUCAGUACAAGAUACUCUCCUAGCCGAUAAUGGUAGGCAUUAUUACAACAACUGUUAUAUCGAAGGAGCCACUGAUUUUAUUUGUGGCAAUGCAGCUUCUCUAUUCGAGAAAUGCCAUGUUCAUUCGCUGGCCGAAGGAACUGGGUCAAUUACGGCGCAACGGAGGGAGUCGCCGUCGGAGGAGACGGGGUUCGUCUUCUUGGGGUGCACCAUCACUGGCGUGAGAACAGCCUUGCUAGGACGGCCAUGGGGACCCCAUUCCAGGGUCAUCUUCGCUUUCAGUUACAUGUCAAGUGCCAUUUUGCCCCAAGGCUGGGAUGACUGGGGAAACUCAGACACACACAGUACGGUGUACUAUGGACAGUACAAAUGUUAUGGAGCAGGAGCAGGCACGAGCAAACGAGUCCAAUAUGCGCGCAACCUUACGAGCCUAGAAGCUGAGCCUUUCUUGACCAAGGACUUCAUCGGCGGCAAUGCUUGGAUCCGACCUGUUCCCACCAAAUUCACCAGAGAUUUCAACAGAUCAGUUGGUGGAAAAAACUAAACCUUGAUAUAUCAAUGAUGAAUGAUCAUGCCUAAUAUACACAUCAAUUCAUUCUUUAAUUAUAUAUAUGCCAUUAAUUGUAUUUAAAUAAACUCAACAUUCUUUUCACUUUCUUUCAUCAAUGUAAUAUAUUCCAUAUUUAUGUUAA